AUGGAACGAAAACCUUGCGCUGACAUGGGGCUCAGUUGUGCCGUCCUUUCCCUUUCAGAUGGAGUCCUUGGGCGACCGCCAAUCAUGGCGAAAGCGAUUGAAGCACGUGGCCUCCUUGCACUUACGGCAGAUCCCAUGCCUCCAUGCGGUCGUCAGAUCUCUGCGAUGCUUCAAGCGCAGCCGCUACCGGAGCUUGGGGCAGGAGGACGGCGAGGAAGAAGUUCUGGACCAACAGCAACAGGUCAACUUCUCUUUCGGUCAGGCGGGCGCUGGCGUCUAUGUCGUCUUUUCCAAGCCACACGCGAUCGCGGUCCUUUCGCGGUCUGGGGCUCUCUUCGUAAAGAGAACUGGCUAGCACGACACCGCUGCGCACAGAACAGCGCUCCCCGAAAGCUGUGCAUUGCUACUGCCGGCUAA